AUGCCAGUCAGGCAGGGCCCGUGGGAUGACCACAGGGAAGAAGCAAUGUCGGGUCAGCUAUCGGAAUGUCAGGCUGAGCACUACAUCUCUGACGGCGGGGUCAAUUGGCGCUUGUUUACUCCUGCGGAGAGACGCAACAUAGCCAUAUACAUUUUGGGUAUUAUGAUGUACAAGUUCGGGCUUGAAGCGUUCAACGGAUCGAUCGUGACACUUGCAACUAAUCGCUACGAUUAUGACGCCUACCUGACCAACACCACCCCAAAAACGUUUCAACGGGUUGGGCUUAUGGUGGGCCUGAACCAGGCCUGUCAAUGUGUUGGGUCCAUCCUGAUCGCCCCGCUUAUCCGAAGGUUCCCUUCGCGGCUGGUUCUGGCCGGCGCCGUUCUGGUCUUUGGCCUUCUCAGCGCCCUACUUCUCAUCAUUGAUGCCAGCACAGGCGGUCGAUUCCUCCCGUCGGCCUUUCGAGAUCACCACCCUGAACAUGACUUCCACUACUACGGCAGCUACGACACUGAUGGCAUUAUUCCCGUGUAUUGCGUGGCCGGUAUCGCCUACGGCAUGGUUGAGUUGAUCCGGCGUGUGAUCCCGCGGGAUCUAGUUGGUGGCAAUGUGCAGAAACUACGUCAGGUAGAUGCUUUGGUGCAUAUAUUCUACGAAGUAUCAGGAACGGCUGGGGCUUUUUGCACCGCAUUGGCUCUGAUCCCCUAUCUUGGAAACAAUUACUCUUUCCUGAUCACCCCGAUUUGCUUCUUCUUAUCGGCUGCCGGCUGGUUCUUCAUCGGCGAUCACGGUUUUCAGAGUCAGCGGACUCAAGUACUCGAAGAUCAACCGCCAUAUAUCCAAGCAGUCGUCGUCGGGUUCUGGCUUUUUCUAGAAUCCAUUUGGACAGGGGGCCGCAUCCUCUUCUCCUCCCGCAAGUUUAUCUGGCUAUUGCCCGGAUACUCCGUUGCACUAUACGCUCAUCGGUACCUAGAGAAUAGUGUGGCCCCCGCCAUUUCCCGUCGCUAUCUUGGAAACGCAGCUUGGUCGCAGAUCAUUGUCGGUGGCUCGAAUCUAGGCGAACUCUUAGGCGCGCUGUUUGUGAUCCUAUUCACAAACACGGUCGCAACUCCAAUCCCUUGGCUUCGGUUAGACGCCCUUUUGCUGCUCGUAACGUGGUAUCUUCCAUAUUGGCGACCUGAAAUGCACCAAGUUUCCAUGGCUUGGAUCGCUGCAGCCACAUUCUUACCAAUUUCUUUUGGCUGGGCUGCCGGUGAUGUAUCCUUGGCCGCCUAUAUUCAAGCUGCGCUUGCCAGGGUCGAGUCGAAAACAAGAAAUGUCUCUUCCCUUGGCGCCGUUAUGGCUUUCCUCUACUCUACAUAUAUCGUUCUUUAUGCAAUUACCUCCCCUAUACUCGGCAGUUAUAUCGAUCAUAUCUAUGAAAAGACAGGCGGACCUGAUGGAAACGGCAAUAUCUACGAAGCGAUCCGGAACGUGGGCAGCGUGCAAUUCAGCGUGGUCGCAAUUCUGGUCCUAGUGGCCACCUUUGUACCUCGCGGAUCAUUGUCUUUGAAUCCGAAGAUGCUCCACGAUGAAGAUCUGGAGCAUGAAUUACCGGGGCUCGCACAGCUGUCUUCCAAGGAGGAUUUCAAUUAG